CAACUUCAAGGACGAAUUUCUGCGCAACUCCAUUCUGCCACCUCCGGAUUCCAUCCUCCGCCUUUUCCGCCUGCCUGCCUGAAUUCCUAGAGCCGCUAGACCUCUUCUCCUUUUUGUCUCUCCGCUCUUCCACCAGCGCUCCUUAUCCGCCAGCUUGCUCAGCUCGCUUCGCCAUCCCCCCCCCCACCCAUGAUGAUUUCUCGUUUUGCCGAUUGCUCGUCUCGUCGUGACACCAGCCGUCCAUGCUAGACCAUCUCCGUCUGGCGCAUCUCGGAAUCUCAGCCAUAGCUCGUAUUAGAACCCUACCAUGGCUCUCGAAGCCGUGCUGAGCAUCUUAACUCACUCCGAGCCACCAAUCAGCGAGGCCGAAUGGUGGUUCUUCGCCGGUCUCUCCGCGUUUCUGGUCCUAUUCGCCGGCAUAAUGUCAGGGUUAACGCUCGGCCUGAUGUCCCUAAGCCCCGUGGACCUCGAGGUGCUCGUUCAGAGCGGCACUCCCGAGGAGCAGCAGCAGGCAGCGGCGAUAAUCCCCAUAGUGGAGAAACAGCACGAGUUGCUGGUCACGCUGCUGCUAUGCAACGCUGUUGCCAUGGAGGCCCUGCCCGUGUUUCUAGAUCGUCUGGUGCCUCCCGCCAUGGCCAUCGCUCUCUCCGUCUCCUUCGUGCUGCUCUUUGGCGAGGUGAUUCCCCAGGCCGUGUGCUCGCGGUACGGCCUGGCUGUGGGCGCCAAUCUCAUUCCCCUCGUGCGAUUCCUCAUGCUGCUCUGCUGGAUCAUCGCCUACCCCAUCGCCAAGGUGCUGGACUAUCUGCUGGGGCAUGACGAGCCGCUCUUCAGACGACAGCAGCUCAAGGCGCUCGUCAGCAUCCACGGGGCAGAGGCGGGCAUGGGAGGGGAGUUGACUCGCAGUGAGACCACCAUCAUCAGUGGCGCCCUUGACCUCACACAAAAGACAGCAGAGGAGGCCAUGACCCCCAUAGAGUCAACCUUCUCUCUCAGCGUCAACUCACGACUGGACUGGGACACCAUGGGGAGAAUCCUAGCGCGGGGCCACAGCCGAGUGCCGGUGUACCGCGGCCACCCCAGCAACAUCAUCGGCAUUCUGCUCACCAAGAGCCUGCUCACCAUCCGGCCGGAGGACGAGACCCCCGUCAGCUCUAUUUCCAUCCGCCGCGUGCCCAGAAUGCCAGCCAGUAUGCCGCUGUACAACGUGCUGAACGAGUUCCAGAAGGGCAGCUGCCACAUGGCAGUGGUCGUCAAGAAGAAGCCACAGCCCCCUCCCACUCAUGACGCCUUUGCCGCUGCUGCUGCUGCUGCCGCUGCCGCUGGUGUGCCAGAGCUCACUAGGGGUCAGGCAGACGUGCUGACGAUAGCAGUGCCGCGCAGCACAUCCGAGGCAUCCCAUGCCGAGACGUCCCACGCGUUGUUCAAUGACCCCAAUUACUAUGAGACUCAGAGCCAGGGGGGGGACAGCCGCCGCAACUCAGAGGAUGUGUACGAGCAUGGGUAUGGGUACCAGGGGCACCAGGGGGGGUACCAGGGGGGGGGUUACCAGGGGGGGUAUCAGGGGUAUCAGGGGUAUAAACAUCAGCAGCAGGAGCCAACUACCCCACCUCCUCAAGGGCUCGCACAAGCCACCGUGUUUCGAGGGGCGUCCACGGGAGACUCGCCUUUGCAGAGAUCCCUCACCCCCCCGCCCAGCCAUCGGUACAUGCAGGCAUACUUUGACCGCCCCAGAACCCCCCCGCCUGUGCUGCUGGCUGCUGAAACCGCGGCUCUGGCGACGGGUGGCUCCUCUGCUGCUGCUGCGUUUGCGGCUGCCGCUGCCAGUGCAGGGUUUGAACACACACACGGGGGCGCUGGUGCUGGUGCUGGUGCUGGUGCUGGUAGUGGUGGUGCUACAGGUGUGCAUGGAUGGAAACAGGUGCAAUGGCAUGAACACACAGGCGUGCCCCAUGCAAGCAUGCCUGCGGGAACGUCAUCUGGCGUGCAUGUCGGGGAGGGGGGAGGAGGAGGGGCAGGGGGAUGGGCAGGGGUAGGGGCAGGGGGAGGGGCAGGCGGGGGAGCAGGCGAGGAGGAGAAUAUCGAUGUGGUGUAUUCGACCAAGGAGAGGAAGGCACGGGCAGGGAGGAGGGAGGGCGGUGGGUCGAGUGGGAAGCUGGUGGAAGGGCAGAGGCGAGAGCAGGAGAGGGAAGGGGGGCAGAGGAGGGAGAGGGAGAGAGAAGGGGCGGCGGGGUGGAGGUGGGAGAGGAGGGAUGAGACGGAGGAGGUGGUGGGGAUCAUCACUCUGGAAGACGUGAUUGAAGAGCUGCUGCAGGAAGAGAUUGUGGAUGAGACCGAUGAGUACAUUGACGUGCACCGAAGGAUCCGAGUGGCAGCCAAAGUGGGGCUCAACGUCAUGCCCAGAAGAGUGCCUUCAUCCAGCCGCAUACUUGCCAACUCCACACACAACCUGGCAGGACUAGCCCGGCCAGAGGUCAGCUCUGCAUUCGCUGCCGCGGCUGCUGCAGACUUCUCAGCCCGCCCUCGCACCCCCCCCAUGAGCGCCCCCUCAGACGCCAUCAGCAUCACUCAACCGCUGCUGGAAAGAAACUGACGUGUAAUGUGUAGUGCUGUCAUGAUCGGAGAAUUCUAAAAAGAAUGGUGUGUGGCGUUUAGUGCUGUAACGCUCUGACAUCAGACCCUGGGCUGGGCGGGUCCAUGAGCGCCCCCUCAAGACUCCACUAUCACCCUGCUGCUGCUCCUUGGAAUAUACCGAGCUGUGGUGUGGAACUGAGGUGCUGUGAAGUACUCCACCAGAAGAAACACCAUAAUACGCGCACUUCCACCCCAAAGCAGGCAUUCAGCUGGGUGGAGGAGAUGCGAGGACGACACUAGCUCAUGCAGACACCUCACAUUCUUAGAAGAGAAAUAGCCAAACAGAACAGC